AUGCAACAUGAGACUGUCAGGUUUUACUUCCUCCUCCUCCUGUUGCUCCAUCGCCUGACUUCAGUUUCCCUGGAGGAGGUGGAAAGCAUGCCAUUGGAGGUCAUUGUUGACAGCUCUCCCUGCAGCGCCACCUGUGGGCUGGGCAUUAAAACCCAAACCCUUUGUUUAUUGAAAGAUGGCGAGACAGCCACGGAAGAAGUGACAAGUAAAGAUGGAACAGAGGUGUCGGAUGUUUGCCAUCCUCGUAAGGUAAAGUGUCUGGAGUCGUGGCAGUGUGGACUCAGGACCAUGACCGUGACUUCAGGACAGAGAUUGGAGAUUGACUGUCUGGGAGAAGUAAUGGAGGCAAUGGGGAGGUUCUCCUGGAGGGUGGCGUGGCGUUACGCCCGAGGAAUAAUUACCUCUGAUGACUCUCUGUUCAUCCGCUGGGAUGCUCCUCUGCUGGAUCGAGUGAUUCUGGACCCCAUCCGGGAGGAGGACGCAGGUACGUAUUGCUGUGUUGUGCAGGAUGUCACCUUACGCAGGGUGAAAAGGGCUUAUUGGGGGAUCCGAGUUUUGCCUUUCGGAUUUCUCAAUCUGGACUACGAAAGCUCUCUGGCCCAGUGGGACCUCCCUGGAAACCAGCAGAAUGAGACCGUGUCAGACCAGCAUUACCACAAGACGGAUCUUCUUUACACAAUACUGAUCAGUUUGAGCCUGUCAGGCAUCGCCGCUGGAUUGAUGCUGCUCGUCCUGUACUGGACAGUGAAGAGGAGCGAGCUCAGGCAUUUUGACAGAUGUGUCAGUAACAAUCUGUUUCUAUCUUGUGUCCUUAUCAUCCACACCAAGCUGAGCAGCUCUCUAGCAAUCAUCAAGGGCCGAUUCUUAGAUGGGAUUAUACAGGUUCACCAGAAAGUCCUUCAGCUCAGACUCCAGGGGGUCACCAGCCUGCUGCACACAGACCCAGAACCAGCUAAGCUGCCACCGUUGACCUGCAGUCAGUAG